AUGUCGCUAAUAUCAGGGAAGAGCGGAAUCGGUCUAGAUCUUGUCAAGUUCUUGCUGGCCAAGGGGUACAGGGUGGCUGUGACAGGCCGCAGAGUGGCACAGGGCGAAGCCAUCGCCAAAGAGCUUGACCCCGAAGGCAACGAUGUCAUCUUUGCCGAGUGCGAUGUUUCAUCUCACGCCUCUCAGUCUAAGAUGUUUCUCGCUGUGGAACCCGACCUCACUUGCACUGACACCGAUUUCAAGGGCGUCAUCUUUUCUACGCAGCUGGCCACCCAUUUUAUGCGGCACAACAGCACCCCUGGCGGCAAGAUCAUCGUCACUGGUAGCAUGAUUGGCGUGCACCCAUGCUCGACGUUCCCCGAGUACUGUGCAGCCAAGGCUGGUGUCCUUCACUGGUGCCGCGUCAUGGCCCCCAUUCUCAAGGAGAAGGAAGGCAUCACCAUCAACUGCGUUCUCCCGGGAGCGUAUGACACACCCGCCAUGCCGGGAUUCACGACCGCCUUCCUGCCUCAGCACCUGACACUGAAGGAUACGCUCAUGUCUGCGUAUGACGAGUUUCUCAAGGAUGACGAGAAAGCCGUCACGGGCCAAGCGGUGGAAGCUGGUCAUGAUAAGCUCUACUAUUACGAGAUUCCCGAGUACAAGAGCGGGGAGGUGGCGCAAAGGAACGAAAAGGUGUACGAGCCAUGGUUCGCCAUCAUCCAUGGCGAGAGGAGCGAGCUCCAGGGUGCCCUCAAGGUCCACCGAAGCAGGCGGCUGAGAAUGGAAACGAGGUUACGGAGUAAAAAGAAAGAAGAAAAGAAAUCGGGAAAGAGGCGGUUUCGAGUGUGA